UGAGAGCGCUGCAUACCCCCAGGAGACCCCGUGUAGGUAACAUCACCCUGCGGCGCCCUAUGCUUGCUGCAUUGGGGAUAAAGGGAAUGCUGCUCCCGGAUUAUGCAGCUGCUCCUGGACAGAGCAGGGAAGACACCUCUGCGCCCCGCCCUCGCCUGUCUUCCCGGGGCCGGGACCUCCCUCCGGUCACAUGAGCCGCGUCUCCUCCAUGCAGGAGAUAAAGCGCUUCCCAGCUACGAUGGUGGGCAGCAGCAGCAUCGGGCACCGGCUGGCACCGGACCAGCUUCCCCAGCUCAGUGCGCACAGGAGGCCGUGCUAGAGGGAGAGCCCCCGGCGGGCUGUGGCAUCAUGGCUCUCUUACACAGGAUAUUCAGCAGGAAAGCCGCCUCCAGCUCCGUGCCCAGCAGCAGAGGGACCGGGGAGGGAGCCGCAUUCAGCUGUUCAGAGUUUGACUUGAAUUGCAUUCGUUUGAUUGUUUACCAAGACUGUGAAAGAAGAGGCAGACAAGUCCUGUUUGACUCCAAAGCGGUUCGUGAAAUAAAAGAUGAAACCACACAGGGAGAAGGAGAGGAAGCUCCAACCCGGACAAAACCCUGCCAGACAAGUAGCAGCGGGACCUGUACCAUCUCCUCCUGUUUUACAGCAUCUGGAUGUGCCCAGCCUGCCAAGGAGCCACUGCCAAAGUACCAGUACACCAAGCCAGCCUCUGACGUGAACAUGCUGGGCGAGAUGAUGUUUGGCUCUGUGGCAAUGAGUUACAAAGGCUCAACAUUAAAGAUUCAUUUCAUCAGGUGCCCCCCUCAGUUGAUGAUCAGUAAAGUAUUUUCUGCUAAAGUGGGAGGUUUCAGUGGCAGCACACACACUCUUCAGGACAGUCUGGAGAACAUCAACCACGAUGGUACUGGAGUUAAACUUGGUGUGAGUCAGAGCGGACAAGGGCCAUGUCAGAGUGGAUCUAAUCUAGUUCCUGUUUUAGGUGUUUUACAGAUGUGUGGCAGCAAACUGCUGCCCGCCAUGUUUGAAGCUCGCUCCCUCCGGCUCAUCCGGAGUGCCUCUUUCUUUGCAGCGCACAGCACACCGGUGGAUAUGCCUAGCAGAGGACAGAAUGAAGAUAAAGACAGUGGCAUUGCUCGAUCAGCAUCCCUGAGCAGUCUCCUGCUGACUCCCCUCCCAUCUCCAAGCACCUCCAUCUCCAGCAACUGUGCCAGCAGCUAUCAGCGGCGCUGGUGGAGAAGUCAGACGACCAGUCUGGAGAAAGGUGUUGUACCACGAUGGCCAACCGAUGAGACCUUCAGUAUGGCGGACGAGACUUACACUUCCAACCCUGCAACAAUUGGUCGAAAGAAGAUUGCAAUAAGUGUCCUUUUCUCCUUGUCUGAGGAAGAGGAAACACAAUGGAGCUUUCAGGAUUUCUUUUUUUCUCACUUCCCUCUGUUUGAGUCCCACAUGAACAAACUGAAAUCUGCUAUAGAAAAGGCUAUGAUCUCCUGCAGGAAGAUUACUGAAUCAAGUCAGCGUGUCCAGAUUUAUCUCAGUCAAGUCAUGGAGGCCCUGGCACAGUUUAGGAAAACUAUCUGGGAUUUAUACUGUGCUCCUCGCAUUACGGAACCGCUGUGGCUCACCAUGACAUCCAACAGUAGUGAGAAAGGUCUGCUCUGCCAGCACUUCCUCAGAGAGCUCACCUCUCUUACUGAGCAGCUUAACAAGAACCAGUUCUUUGCAGCUUUAAUCACAGCAGUUUUGACAUACCACUUGGCAUGGGUUCCAACAGUAAUGCCAAAUGACCACCCACCAAUCAAGUCGUUUUCUGAAAAGCACACCUCUCAGUCAGUCAAUCUGUUGGCACAGUCCCAUCCAUAUAACCCUCUGUGGGCACAGCUUGGUGAUCUUUAUGGGGCUAUUGGAUCCCCCGUCAGAAUGGCUCGAACUGUUGUUGUGGGAAAACGUAAAGACCUGGUCCAGCGCAUUCUCUACAUCCUCACCUAUUUCAUCCGCUGCUCAGAGCUGGAGGAGAACCACCUGGUUCGCAACAGGGUCCUAAAGAAAGGGGAGCGACUGGUACAGGGCAGUAAUGUCACAACCUCUCUUGAGAAGGGCGAGGUGGAAGACUCUGAAUAUGUAAUUGUAACACUGAACAACGAGUCGGCACUGGUGUCCCCUUCGUUGCCCUGUAACUCAGGUGUUGCAUCUCUUCAAAGUUCCAGUGGAGACGAGUCCUCAGACAUUUCAUUAUAUAACAUGAAUAAAAGUGAUGGCUGCUUCAGUGCAGACAGGGAAACUCUUGCAUCUUCAAGUGAACUUGACAGUGGUACUACUUUAAGUUUUGCUGGUACUUGUAAAGAGACUACAACGCAUGUUAAAGAAGCCAAAGUGGAGACCAUAGUUUCAGUCACAAGAUCUCCAUCUUACAAUGUGGAAGAAGUAGUUACCCCUGUUUCUACAACAUCUCAUAGUAAAAGCCUCCACUCUGGUAGCACAUAUGAGACGGAAGCCUGUGCUUCAGUGAAACUGACUGACUGGGCAAAGGCCGUUAUGCAUGCAAACAUGACAGAGGAUCACUCUCCUACAGAUAAGGUGACCUUUACAAUGGGCUAUUCCCACUCGCCGAACCUGGAGAACUGCAGUAAAACACUAGAUGAGCACGUAAACCUGUUUCUCCAGGAGCCGGAACAGUCCAGCCCUUCCACUAACUGCUCACUUGAUCCUCCCAGAAGGAGAAAGAGGUGUGCACGUCUCCCAUCCUGCGAGGGUGGCUCCAGUAUAUUUGAUGAGUAUUUUGUAGAGGGCAACAGCAUUGAAACGAAUACUGUGGAAGUCCUUCCCUCUCAUACACUAUUAUCAGAUAAAUGUUUUGUUUCUAAUGCAGCAACUAAGUCAAGAACUUGUAAGACUGACCUGCCAGAUGCUGCACAGGCAAGGUCUGGCAUGCGCCCUCUUCCGAUAGCUCCUCAGCAUGUCCCCUGUGGGGACCCAGAUAGAAGAAUGGAGGUCAGAGUAGAGGGGGACAUUCCUAGGAAUGAGAGCUGUGACAGUGCCCUUGGCCAGAGUGAAUAUGAGUUUAAUGCAGGUCAAACUUUAGAAAAUUGGGACCACAACAAUCACUAUGCCGAAGUGGAUAUUCCGCUGCCCAGGUCUGAGGUCAUUAGCAGCCCAAGUAUAAAAAACUUUGGGAGGUCUCUGUUUGGUGGUUACUGUUCAACAUACAUGCCCGAUAUGGUACUCCAUGGGAUUGGCAGUACUGAGAAGCUGAAGCCAUGCUUGACGACCAGCCUGGCACACUCAACCAAUCACCCUGUCAUGGAUGAGCCCUUAGCAGAAGCCGUGUGUAUUGUGGCAGACACUGAUAAGUUGAGCGUCCAGGUGGUCAGCAGCCAGAAGACGACAGUGGACAACUUGAAGCUUGGCACUGAUGUCUUGGUAUCUAGUCAAGUGUGCAGUUUACUUCAAUCCAUAUUACAACUUUAUAAGCUCAAGACACCUCCUGAAUUUUGCGUGAUGCAUUUAGAGGACAAAUUGCAGGAGUUUUAUUUUAAAAGUAAAAUGCUGUCCGAAUACCUGAGGGGACACAAAAGAGUCCAUGUGAAAGAGCUUAGUGUUGUCUUGGGGAUUGAAUCAAAUGAUUUACCAUUGUUGGCUGCGGUGGCAAGUACUCAUUCUCCCCAUGUUGCUCAAAUCCUUUUAUAAGCUACAUUAUACAAAUGGUCAUUCCUUAAGCUGCAGAGAAAAAGAAACCUUGAGGAGGGGAGAUGUGCUAAAGCAGUUUUACGUUCUGUUCUGGUAUCAUAGUUAGGUAUUUAUUAAAGUUUACAUGAAGUGCAAGGCAUUAUGGUACUCCUGAGUGGCCUUUUUUGUCGCUUCACAGGGAAAAUUUUCAGACAAAGCCUGAAAUUCUUAAACACUAAUAUGACUGAAUUCUUCUUUGGAUAUCCGCAAGUGGACGUGUGUUAUCUGCUUUCUGUUUUCUUACUAAAAUGUGUUUUUAAUAUGAAAGUGUACCGAUUUUGGCAUGUCAUAAUUUUAUUGCUGCAUAUGGUUCACAACAGAGGAAUAUACUGUAGUUGGUCAUUUGUGGUCCGUCCAGCACCAUUUUUAUUUUCAUUAUUUAAUGAUAUAAUGUACCUCCAAGGAUUGCUCUAUGGUAUAGUCUUCAAGAGGCUGCUGCUGUGUCUUAUACUAAGCAUUCCUUUGGAACAUUUUUAUUUUUUUAAAUAAAAGAUUAUCAUUGAGAGAUUGACAAGGAUCUAUACACAAUUAUUGUACAUUAUAUAGUUAUUAAGUGUCACCAAAUCCUAAACACAAAAACUUCCAAUGUUCAGAAAUGAGCAUUGAUUGCAGGAUAACUUAGUUGGAAACCUUCUUGGUUAUGGAGUAGAACUGAUGGCAAGUGUUUCUAAGACUAAUUCACUGGAUCGCUCUUUUUCUGGAUUUGUUGUUCAUGAGAAACCAGACAGAUACUUAACAAGAAACCUUGCAUUCCACAUAGGAGGAGUAUAAAUGUGGUGCAUUCAAUAUACAUUGGGGACGUACAUCAAUAAUAGUGUUGAACGAAACUGUGUGGAACCAUUACUAGAUCAUGUACAAUGGUAAUGCUGUAAAUUCUUGUGGGGUGUGGACACUACACUAAAAGAGGUCGCACAUAUUGUGAUACAGAGUCAUGCCAGAGGAUCAUUGUUCGGUUGGGCUACUCAAAUCAGACAAGAUUCAGCUGUGCAGUCAGAAAAUGGCACACAGAAGUGGUCCUCUUUCCACCAAAUGUUUUGCUAUGUUUGAUAAUGAUCCUUUUAAAUCGGUUCAUCAUUGAAUAUCUCAGCCAUCAUGGGGCUAGACACACUGUAGAAUCAGGCCAGAGGCCCAGUAUGCUCUAUGCAUGGUCAGCUAUACACUAAUCUUAGUGCAGAGCUACACAGAAUAAAAAGUGCUUGGCAUAAAGAGUGCAUCUAACCUCCCAUACCACUCUGUGUAUACAGUAACCUGAGUGCCUGCCACAGGAAGUCUUCAGAGAGAUGGGGAACAUGUGAAGUGGAUACAGUUAUAUAAGCAGGGUUGGGGAGUUGUAUUUUUCCUGGGUUGCUUUGUUUGUUUUUUAAAGCCCCCACACAUUUUAGGGUUUAAUACCUGUCUUGUCAUUAAUUACAUUGUAGUCUGGUAUAUGUAGUUGAAUAGGAUGCCUUUUUGCUAUUUCAAAAUUCUUUACUGUGACACUGGAGCUGGAAACGGUCAGUGAGAUGUUUACAUUCCCAUUCUCCCACUAAUGCCAGUUAAUGUGAUCCCCGUAAUUGUGGAAUCUGUGAGCUCUGUGACACGUUAAACCUGAUUGGUAAACUGUGAAAAAGAUCACAACAGCUCUCACUGAUCAUAUUGUGAAAUUACUUGGAGCCUCUAGCCGUAAAACACAUGCUACAGUAACAUUCUAUAAAUGUAUGUAGUGGUUUCACAUGCUUAUUAGAAGUGAACAUGUUUGGGAUAAAAUAGAUGACUUAAGUUUCUCCAGGACUGGCUUUGAUCUACUUUGGCCACAGGAUUGGUAAAUAUUGUGAAGAUCCUGCUAUUCUGCAAUUUGCCCAUUGUAGCUGUCAUUGUCUGCUCAUAUUUUUAAUCAUGCCGUAUAGAUGUAAUCUAUCUGAUAUUGGGUGCCCCAUUCAUUCUGGACACAUGUGAAAGCUGAAGUUGUCUGUAUUGCCAGUGCAGUCACAGUUUGCACCUAAUAUUUUCCAGACCACCUGAGCAUAUGGACACCUCUUAAGCUGAAAAAUGGGUGACCAAAAAAACAAUAGAUUUUUAUGUACACUUGCUAUGCAGUUAUGCAGACCUGUCAACUUCUGCUUAGUAACUUUUCAUACAAUCGCUCUUUAAUUGAGGACUCUUUAAAAGAAUAUAUGUGAAAACUUGCAGAGACCACUGGACCAAGAGAUGUAAUAUUUUUCCAGAAUAAUAAUCUGUACAAGUUUUUGGCUCUUGAAUGAUAUCUGUAUGUCCGCUCUAAAGGGAUCCAGAUAACACACAGAUAAAUGACCUUUGUCACUGUCUUUUCUUGAAGUUGCUACCUCAUUUGCUAGGACUGACUCUUCUGUGAUAAGUCUUUUUUUAUAUAUUAUAACAAUAAAUGAGAAGUAUUAUUAUUAAUGUGGAGUGAUUGCCUGGAUUGUGUUGGAAUGUGUCACACAUUUAUAGUGUUUGAAGUCCUGCAACUUGUGUAUGUGUUGUGUACAUUGAGGAUAAUGCACUACACAAACUUUGUAUUUUCUUGCUUUACAAUUUGUACUUUAUUAUCAGUAUUAGGGUAGCGUUUGCUUCAAUCUCUACAUAUGUACUGGAAUUGUAUCCAUGUCUUUUUUUAUUUUGCUUCUCUAUAAAUGUAAGCUUUUGAGAGUGCACUAGUUUAUUCAACUUUCCUUUUUUUAUUCAAUUUUAUUUUCUAAUGUGUCUUGGCUGGUGGAAGAUCAGGGUUUACAAGCAGUGAUUUACAUAGGACAGUCUUACUGUAUGUAUUAAAUAGUACAAAUAACAGGAGACAUUAAGGAUACAACAUGGCAUUUAGGAUAUUCAACUGUACAAUCUGCACUGUAUAUUUGCUUAUUGAACACCUUUGUCAGUUGAUAUUGUGAAAAUAUUCCCUCAAUCUAUUGUAUCAUUUAAAAAAAUAUUUUAUGUGGAAUUUGGUGCAAUAAACUUUUGAAAUGUU